AGCAUUCAGUACUAUUUUUGCCGUCGUUUUGGUAACAUCGCAGAAUGUGGCUUUAUUUGGUAAUCCUAAUCAUCGCUAACAGUAGCAUGACUGAAGCUGCGAAUAUUUUGUACAUAGACGGAAUAGCGUCGCCGAGUCACUUUAUUUGGCAUCGGGCGCUCAUCUACGGACUGGCGGCUAAAGGUCACAAUGUGACGGCCUUGAGUGUUGACGUCGAGUCCAAUCCGCCGCCGAAUGUAACUUUUAUCAAGGUCGAAGGUGUUUAUGAAGGUUUUCAUGAGGAGAGCCCAGAAAUAAUGGAUUUUUUCGCUUUGGGGGAACUUAAUCCUUUAUCCAUGCUUACGAUGUUUAACGCGUACAGUUACCGUGGUUGUGAGAUUGCAUUGAAAUCGAACGGAUUGCGUCGAUUGAUGGAUUAUCCAGAUGAUUUCAAAAUUGACUUGAUUAUAAACGAUUACCUACUAGGACCAUGCAUGUCUGCGUUGGCACAGCACAAAUUCGGCCGUCCUCCGCUGAUUCCCGCAACGGCUUUUCACGGUCUGACAACAACGACCUCUGUGUCAGGCACGUACUCUUAUUCUGGACUAAUCCCCAAUCAUGAGUUCGACGCUCCUGAAAGGAUGAGCUAUUCGGAACGGUUUCAGAACUUUUUCUACAAUCAUUAUGAAGAAUUAUUGAGGACCUAUGAUUUUUUGCCGACGUUAGACAAAUUGGUUCGCAAAAUCAUGCCAGAUAUUCCGUACGUGGGGGAGUUUGAUAAAGAUGCUCGUAUUAUUUUAUUAAACUCUAAUCCGGUCCUACAGUACUCGGAACCUUCGAUGCCGAAUGUGAUAUCGGUUGGAGGUAUGCAGAUUAUCGAACCGAAGGAACUACCGGAAGACCUGAAAAAGAUUGUCGACAGGGCUAAGAAUGGAGCCAUUUUAUUUUCUCUGGGUACCAACGUACGGAGCGAUCUGCUGGGAAACAAGCGAAUCACUGAGAUCCUGAAUGCCAUGAAAAAGUUUCCUCAGUAUCAAUUUUUGUGGAAAUUUGAAUCCGAUAGCAUGCCGAUAGAGGUUCCAAAAAAUGUGUACAUCCGCAAAUGGAUGCCCCAAAAUGAUCUUCUGGCUCAUCCAAAUUUGAAACUUUUCAUCACUCACGGCGGUCUACUGAGUACUCAGGAAGCAGUGUGGCACGGUGUUCCAGUUAUCGGAUUCCCCGUGUUUGCCGAUCAGAAUCGAAAUGUCAACUACUGCUCUGAGCAAGGUGUUGGAAAACGAUUAUCUAUAGGCAAGGUAAAUAGUGAAGAUUUAGCCAACGCCAUUCGGGACGUACUGACGGAAAAGAGUUAUCGUGACAACAUGAAACGACUAUCCAAAGUGUUUCGCGAUCAAAAGGAGCAUCCAUUGGAGCGGGCCAUCUGGUGGGUCGAGUGGGUCCUACGGAAUCCUGACAGCACGAUUUUACAAUCAAAUGGUGUUAAUUUGAACUGGAUAGUGAAGUAUUCAUUCGACGUAAUCAUCCCCUUGUUGUUGAUCGUACUAGCUUUUGUUGUGAUGGUCAGAAAAUUGGUUAAAGCGUUAGUCUCUCGUAGAGCAACAUCAUUAAAGUCAAAGAUCGAAUAAAUUUUUAAAAUGGUUCA